CAUUCGUUUCUUUGACUCACGGGCAGAGUGAGGAGUGAUAUGGCCUCGACAAGCCGCGGAGAAGCUCUGGCCCUUCCCAGGGUUCAGUGUCCAAACCACCCUGAGACCAUACUGGUGGAGGACUACAGAGCCGGGGACAUGAUUUGUCCCGAAUGUGGCCUUGUCGUAGGUGAUCGUGUGAUUGAUGUCGGCUCAGAGUGGAGGACGUUUUCCAAUGAGAAAGCCCUCAAAGAUCCAUCAAGAGUUGGAGACGCUCAGAACCCACUGCUUAAUGGAGGAGACCUCACCACCAUGAUUAGCAAGGGAACCGGUGCGGCCAGUUUUGAUGAGUUUGGCAACUCAAAAUACCAGAACCGGCGAACCAUGAGCAGCUCUGACCGCGCCAUGCUCAACGCCUUCAAAGAAAUCAGCACCAUGGCGGAUCGCAUCAACCUGCCAAGGAAUAUUAUAGACAGAACAAACAACUUAUUCAAGCAGGUUUAUGAACAGAAGAGCCUGAAGGGACGAGCCAACGAUGCCAUUGCGUCGGCCUGUCUCUACAUCGCCUGCAGGCAAGAGGGUGUGCCAAGAACUUUUAAAGAAAUCUGCGCCGUUUCCCGGAUCUCAAAGAAAGAGAUUGGUCGGUGCUUUAAGCUGAUCCUGAAGGCACUUGAGACCAGCGUGGACCUCAUCACCACAGGAGACUUCAUGUCCCGUUUCUGCUCCAACCUCGGCCUGCCCAAACAGGUGCAAAUGGCGGCUACCUUCAUCGCUCGGAAGGCUGUGGAGCUCGACCUGGUGCCCGGCAGGAGUCCCAUCUCAGUGGCUGCAGCAGCCAUCUACAUGGCCUCCCAGGCCUCUGCAGAGAAGAAGACCCAGAAGGAAAUCGGAGACAUCGCCGGCGUCGCAGACGUCACGAUCAGACAGUCGUAUCGUCUCAUCUAUCCACGCGCUGCAGAACUUUUCCCUCCAGACUUCAAAUUUGACACACCGGUCGAUAAACUGCCCCAACUGUGAAGAAGACUCCCCUUAUGCAGUGCUGAUAUUUUUCUGCUGUACUUACGAUUGUAUUUUUUUUUUUAAACAUGUUUGUGUUGGAUUUGGAAGAUUUCUCUUGUCCCGCCUAAGACUACAAGCCUUCACUGAGGCACUCUGACAGGAAUAAAGCGGACACACAUUCCAGUGCAUAAACAGCGUGUAGACUGUUCUUACAGUAUUUCAUUUGAGUGUAUAUACUGUAUCAUGUAUAUAUGUCCAAGUGGGAAAAUGUAAUUGACGCUUUCAAUUUUAGGCUGGUUUCAUACUGUAUACAUAAAACCGUGUUUUUGUAGAAAAAUGACCAGGUUCUAUUUUGUUAGUUUGUUUGAAUUGUUCUGAGUAAUUAAAAAAAAAAAAAAAAAAGAUUUUCAUCAGAU